AUGGAGAAGAGAAGCAGUGGUAGCGCCAGCCUCGUCCUCGGCCUCGUGCUGGCCGCCUCCCUGUUGUGCCAGUGCCACGGCGCGCGCGACGUCCCCGCGGAGCCGGAGAAGCCCCUCCGGCCCCAGAACGUGUUCGGGUUCGGCGGCUUCUACCCGGGCCCCUCCGUCAACUGGGUGUUCCCGGGCCCCAACGGCGUCACCCCGCAGGUCGGCUUCGGCGGGAUGCCGGGCUCUAGCGCCUUCCCGGGCGUCGGAGGCAGCGGUGGUGUCUCGCCGUUCACGCCCGGCGGCGGCGGUGGCGUGGUCGGCAUCCACGGUGGUGCUGGUGCUGAUGCCGCGGCGAAGAAGCCGUGA